AUGGCGACACAACAGGUCCUCUUCUCCGAGACUAUAGCGGGCAUGAAAAAGGCCUUCAAGCGGAAGGUCUAUGAGUCCGACUCAGACUCCGAAAUCGACAGCUACAGCAAUCGAGGUCAGAAGCUCAAGAAACGAGCCCGAUUCGCCCACAAGGGGCAAUUGGUGCCGACCAACGGUCCAAGCUCAUACAGAGAGUAUGUUGAGUACGCCGGCCUCCGACGCCCGAUCCUCCACCGCAACCCACCCCUCAUCGACGACGAGGGCUAUGAAAUCGAGAGCGACGAUGACGACGAUCAUCUUCAGGAAGCCGAGGCGCUCGCGUCAGAACUGAACCCAUACGCCAACAUCCAACUAGAACAUCUUCUCGCUCCGUUGACCGCGUCGACUGGUCUAUCAACUCACCAAACCCUUUCGAAGCCGUUCACAUCCAAGACCCUGACGAAACUCGUCGACCAGAGCUGUGACAACAUGCGCAAGGAGAAUCAUUCGCUAUGGCAGGUUAGGCAUCUCCUGACUGCGCUAUGCGGCGACUUUACCUGGGUCCCAUGCGAAAUGCUGGUCAAGUCGUCAGAUGUUGAGCUGUUUACAGACGACCACGUCGCUCGUCACCUACUAAGUCUGUCCAAGGGGUCUCAAGAGGCGCUACCAUCCUCUGGGAUCAACGGCGGUGCACACGGCCAAAAUGGCAUCGAAAUUGGAGGCGUUCUUCCCGAUGCUCUAGUCGAAGAGCUGCAAUUGGACAAAAUCACGACAGAUGAUGCAGACGUCUCCAUGCUGGAUGCUGAGCCUGUGGACCAGAAUGGCUCUCGGCCGGACCAGGAUGAGAAGAACGAGUCAGCCCCCAACGGAGGAGUGAACGGCUCGGCUUCAACUCCGACGAUGAAACAAGAAGACGGUGAACUCAAGUCAGGGCCCCGGGGGGUUGACAAGAACAAGUCCCAGGAGAAUGUCGACGAUGCCGUGAAUCCGAAAACAGGCGGAGACAAGGGCUCAGGAGCAACAAGCCUGGCGCGGGUUGGUGAAGGGGAGAUUAUUGCGGACACUCACCAACCCAACGAAUUAAUUAACGGGGUCCAAGAGGGGCCUAUCCCGUUGGAAGGAUUGGAGCAGUUGUUUGUUCACCCCAUGUUUAUCGCACCGGUAGGCACAAAGCCAGACCGGGAUGUGGGGCUACCUGAACAAGAAGCUGAAGACAUCAGGCGGUUGCUUGCCUUGUAUGUACAAAAGCAAGAGGAGGUAUGUCGAGGGGCAAAGAAGCUGUUUCUGGGUCUUCUCCGAGCAGAGAAACUCCGAAAGGACGUGUUGCACUGGUCCAAGGCGGAGGCGCAUUCGGGUCCCAACCGGGACAUGUCGGACGGGGAAGAUUGGUACGACAAGGAAGAAUGGGGACUGACAGAGGAUCUCAAGAAGGGCCAGGACGAGGAAGAGGAAGAUACCCAGACCACGGGGAAGAAGACGAGGAACCGUCGAACUUGA